CUUAAUUAUUUUCUAGUGAUAGCUGAAAUGUUGAGAAUGAAGAAAUUAAAAUACUUAAAAGAAGAGUUUGAUUUAUAUCCUGUUCUAUAAAUAAAGACAUUUGGUAAAAAAAAAAGAAUGAGUACAAUUCUUUAAAUAUUGUUUUGGUUUAGGCCUAUUGUUUCGAAGCGGUUAAACUAGAAGACAUUCUUAGAUAACCACAAAAAUAUAAGAAAUGCAAACGCUUCAGAAUAUAUAUGCUGUUGUUAUAACCUUUAAUUUAAUUUUAAGUUGGAAUAGUAAUAUAAAUGGAUCAGCGAGCAGUGAGAUUGUAAAACUUUUCCCCUACAAGCAGUCUGACAGUAUUACAGCAUGCACCAAAGGUCUUAUAAGUGGACAGGAUAGACUCAUUUUGUAUGGAGAAGUCCUGGUAAAUGACGACACAAAAGAUGGAUACUUAUCUAUUUUAAUUCAACCAUGGCAGUACAUGAUUUUUUGUGAAAUUGGCUUACGCUACUGCCCUUUGUACAUGGAUGAGAAAUGCUAUUGUCUACACAAAGAUAGUAACAGACUACUUUUUGUAUUAAACACUACAGCGGAAAUAAGUUUUAGCGAGAAACAAGUAUCUUUACGCUUAGUUACAUACAACAAGGAAGUAAUAACGCCUUCAAUAAAAAUGCCUUUUAUAAGUGAAUUUCGACCUUGCUCAAAAGUAAUACUAGACAACUGCUCUUUGGUUCUAGAAGAAGGACAAAAUGUUUCUUGUCAUUGUAAACUGGUUUCUAACACACACGUAGAAUCAACGAUUCAUUGGUCAAGUAAAUCGUUCAAAUCUUUUAAUUCUACACUCUCUUUACUUGCUCAAAGACAACUGUCAGACGAGUUCCUAUGUACUGCUACAAUCAAUAUAACAUCUGAGACAUUUACAGCAGCAUAUAAACCCGUAGUCAUUGCUAAGCCCCAAGAGGUGUCGUGCUACGUAACAGUAUUUCAGAAUCAAUGUGUCAAUAUUACAUGCAACAUAAACAACGUUUAUCCUAAAGCAAAAUGUGAAGUCAACUUGGAUAGAAAUCUUUAUACAACUGAAAGUACUGUAUCUUACAAUCAUGAAUUAAUGACAGAAAGUCCACAGUACUUUAACACAACGUGCAUUAUUUUCUUAAAUCAUUCUGACAUUUCUGACGGCAUCAACAAUGUUACGAUAAUAAUAUACCCGUAUGUAGAUAAAGUCCAUGAAACAUCAAGAUAUACAGUCCAAAAGUUUGUAGUACUUACUAAGGCUGUUUUUAAAGACUCCUUUUGUAGAUCUGCCUCUUCAUUUGAAAUAAACAUAACGUGCGAUUCAAACGUAACUUAUCCCGAGGCUGUGUGUUAUUUCGACAUUUUACGAAAUUUGAACAGUACGGUAAAGGGAUAUGAAGCUUAUACUCACACAACUCAGAUUCAUGGCUACUUCACUACAAGAUGUAGUCUUUUUUUACCUUACACUGAACUAGAAAGUGGGCUGUAUCUAAUUAACGUAACAAUGCAUCCAAACAUAACAGAAAAUAUCUUUAUUCUCAAUCACCAUUUUUUAUUUUGGUCUUUAGAAUACAAGCUAGAUAAACCGCUACUCAUGCUAGAAAACUGUAGUCAAAAAGCAAUAGAAGGUCAAAGGAUCAUUUGUAAAUGUAAAGGAAAUGUAGACAUUUUUGACAGAGAAUCGUUCCAAUGGUACAGCAGUUCCUACGAGCUUUUAGCGUACGGAUCUUACAUUGUAGUAUACGCUUUUGGAGAAACGAAAGAGUAUAUCUGUCAAGCAUAUGAUAUCAAAUACAAAAAACUUUUUAAAAUAUCAUACAUUUUGACAAUCAGUAAGUAUUGUAUUUUUAUCAAUCCAAAAAAUAAAAAAAAAUAUUCCAUACAGUCCCAUAGAAACGUGUCAUUUUUAAAAUCAUAUUUUAGUCAUUUUUUAGUUCAGAAAUAUUUUUACUUGUGCUUUUAGCUUCAUCUCUAAGGAAUUAUUAAUGGAGUUGGCAUUUUUUGUUUGUUUAUGUUUAUAAAACACUCUUAUAAUUAAAUUUUGUAAUUUUAUAAUAAAUACAAAGUCUCAAAACUACUCUUUUUGUUAUUUACUUUAAAUUAUCAAACCUUAGAAUUGCAAUGGUCAAUGGUUCUUUAAGCGUCAUACAUUCUGUGUGCAUUUGUUAAAAAGAAAAUCCACCUAAUAUUAUAUUAAUUUUACUUGUUUUCUGUGUGGCGAUGUCUUUUUUACAUAAAUUAUAUCAACACUGUCUGUCUGGAAAAAAGUUUAUUCAUGUUAUUUUUCCGACGUCCAAUCUCGGAUCAAGCUGAAAUUUUGCACAACCGCUUCUUUUACCAGACAACACAAGAAUAAAAAACAUUAAUCAGUUAAUUAACUAAUGGUAAUGAAUUAUUUAGUUUGGUAUCUCGAACAAGGGAAAGAAAUUGUACAUGAAUGAACCUGAUGGUAUAAGCCGAGUUUUUCCCCUUUAUAGGGCGCUGAUUGUUAGUAAGUACGGAGCAAACAAUAAGUAACUUUACAAUCCUCUAUAUUCAUAAGCUCUUACUAGCAGAGAGGUCAGAAUGGUUGAAUGGUUAGAAUGUCGGCUUGAGGAGGCUUGAGCCAAAAGUUCUAAUUAACAUGGUUCCCCCCUUUGUUUUAUGAAUGCUUUUAAUAUGAUAGAAUUUAGACCGAAAUCCUUUUGUUUUUCUAAACCCCUUAAUUUUCCCAUCUGAUUCAAAUAAAAAUAGAGUAGAAAAAAUGUUUAUUAAUUCACAAGAAACGAAACGAUAUAUAUUUAUUUGAAAGCCUUGUAUCAAGUUUGAAAAAAAAACGACAAAGGUAUGUCAUUUUACCAGUUAUUGGAAAAGUUAAAUAUUUUAAAUGCAUGAUUAUGUAGGCUAAUGUUAUGAAUAUAGAAUCCUUCUAUAAAUAGUCAUCUUUCAAUUAUCAUCUAGCCUAUAUAAAGUUUAUGUUUUCUUUUCUUUGUCAGAUUCAAAUCCAGCUUUAACGUUAAAAUCAUUGACAUCGCGAACGUCGGAAAUGUUUAUUUUGGCAGUUAUAUAUAUAUAUAAGUUGCUUUUUUGCGUUUUUGUUGUACAGAAUAAAGGAAGUAUUUAAAAA